CUACUUCGUCGUCCCCGUACUCGACCCUUCGCUCGCUCCCCCGGAACCCUACCUCCUCCUCCACCUCCUCCACGUGCGGCGACAAGGGAGAGGAGGGGGCGAAGCUCGAUCUGGGCGACAAUGGAGGACAUCGAGGACGUGGUAGUCGCCGGAGCUCCCCCGGGGCUCCGCCUCCCUCUCACGGCCGUGGUCGUGAAGCCCAAGAAGAAGCCCAGGGCCCGAUCCAUCCGCGGCGACCCCCUCUCUCGCAACCCUCUCAUCCCAGGGACUCAGGCGAUAUAUAUGAAGACGUUCGGAUGCUCCCAUAACCAGAGUGAUAGUGAAUACAUGGCUGGUCAGCUCUCGGCAUUUGGAUAUGCGAUAACGGAUGAACCUGAGGAGGCAGAUUUAUGGCUGAUAAAUACGUGCACAGUGAAAUCUCCUAGUCAAUCAGCUAUGACUACUCUCAUUUCAAAAUGUAAAGAUGCAAAAAAGCCGUUGGUGGUUGCAGGAUGUGUACCCCAAGGAAGUCGGGAUCUCAAGGAACUUGAAGGUAUCAGUAUAAUAGGGGUGCAGCAAAUAGAUAGGGUUGUUGAAGUAGUGGAGGAAACAUUAAAAGGCCAUGAGGUGCGGCUUUUAACUCGGAAGACAUUGCCUGCACUUGACCUCCCAAAGGUACGGAAGAAUAAAUUUAUCGAGAUUCUUCCAAUUAAUGUUGGUUGUUUGGGUGCCUGCACUUACUGCAAGACAAAACAUGCCCGGGGCCAUUUAGGCAGCUAUACUGUAAAUAGCCUGGUUGAGCGCGUUAGAACUGUUAUAUCUGAAGGGGUCAGAGAAAUAUGGUUAAGCAGUGAAGAUACUGGAGCUUACGGUAGAGAUAUUGGUGCAAACCUUCCAAGUCUAUUGAACGCCAUCACUGCGGAGCUUCCUUCUGACAGAAGCACCAUGCUUCGCAUUGGCAUGACCAAUCCUCCUUUCAUACUGGAGCAUUUGAAAGAGAUAGCUAAUGUUUUACGCCAUCCCUGUGUUUAUUCAUUUCUGCAUGUUCCUGUGCAAUCGGGGAGCAAUGCUGUUCUUACUGCAAUGAAUCGUGAGUACACAGUCAGUGAUUUUAGAACUGUGGCUGACACUUUGAACGAACUUGUGCCUGGGAUGCAAAUUGCGACUGAUAUUAUCUGUGGAUUCCCUGGUGAGACUGAUGAAGAUUUUGCGGAAACUAUCAACCUCAUAAAGGAGUAUCAGUUCGCUCAAGUUCAUAUCUCGCAGUUUUACCCUCGACCAGGAACACCUGCUGCAAGAAUGAAGAAAGUCCCCAGCACAGAGGUAAAGAAGCGAAGUCGUGAAUUGACUGCAAUUUUUGAAUCGUUUACUCCGUACCAAGGAUUGGAAGGCAAGAUUGAGAGAAUAUGGAUCACCGAAAUCGCCACAGAUGGUAUUCAUUUGGUUGGACAUACCAAAGGAUACAUCCAAGUACUUGUGGUUGCUCCGGACAGUAUGCUGGGCGUCUCAGCAAAUGUGAAGAUAACGUCGGUGGGAAGGUGGUCGGUUUUCGGUGAGCUAAUCGAAGAGCCAAUUCAAGUGAAAGAAAGCACGUGUGAAGAACACCGCGUUGAGGAGCCGUCUCCCUCUUUUGACUGUUGUGGCGGUUUGUGUUCGAAGGAUGUCGAAGCAUGCCAAUGUGCAGACAACUGUGGAGAGCGAGUUUGUAACACUGAACUAGAAGCAGCUUCUGCGAGCAUCGCGGUGGAUGCUGCUGUAGUAGUUAAAGACCCCAGUGGGGGAAAAUUCGCCUCGACCAUUCGGUCCAUGCUCUUGAGAAGGAGAAAUUUACGGAGCUCGGAGAGGGAAACUGUAGGAAGCCAUACAACUAAGUUUUCAGGAAACCGACAAAGAAGAGUAAUAACCGGGAAGUUAGCUACCUUAGAUUGGAUUCUGCUGAGUGGAAUGUUUGCGAGUUUCCUCACGGCCAUAGCUCUACUUGCAUUGCUUUCAUCUGAGAUAUUGUCGUCGUCAUGACCGAUGUUGAUGCCGUGUAAUUGUAUUUUUUUGAUAAUUGUAUUUUUUGAUUUUCCUUUUCCCCACUCAAUUUUGCAAUUUGCCACUCUUCUCGCUCUAUGCCUGCUUUGUGGGUAAGUUUGUGAUGACAACCUGUGACUUCUUGUAGAGCGCAAGCUUAAAGCAAUAACACAUUGUUCUCGUUAGCCUUUUAAGUGCUGUUGAGAACUUUCAUUUU